AAAAGUGAGACGAGCUCAAUUAUCUGUCAGAUUGGAAAUUGCGAUUGAAGUAAAUAUCAACAAAAAAUCAAUUCCGAGGAUACCAUUCGGUAGAAUUCGAAAUAUUUUAUCCAAAUUAAUUUUCGUAUCUCAAAAGACACUGUCUGAGGCAAUUGAUAUAGUGCAAUAGGAAAAGUGUGCGCGAUUGUUUCUCACUGUACUGUGAAAACGAAUAUGAAAUUUUCUUAAAUAGACUGGUUCAAUUUCCGUAGAUUGUUACUGAAUUCAUUGGUUGAAAUCUCCACAUUCAUUGUUGUUUAUCAUGGAGGAACAAGUUAGUCAAGAUUCGUGUGACGUUGAGAUGAAUAACUCCAAAGGAGUUCUGUUGAAGAUUGCUAAUCUGUACGCUGAACAACUGAUGUCCGACGUUGUUCUAGUGGUGGGUUCUAAUCGAUAUCCAGCCCACCGUGUGAUUCUGUGUGCCAGUAGCGACGUGUUUCAAGUUAUGCUGAUGAAUCCGGAAUGGAACGAGUGCCGAGAAAGUGUCAUCGAGCUGAAGGAAGAUCCCAUGUGCUCGAUGGUUUUCCCGCAAUUCCUGAAAUACCUGUACGUUGGACAGAUUAAAGUAUCCCUUCAGACAGUGAUGCCAAUGCUGGAGCUGGCCGAUAAGUACAACAUAAAAGAUUUAGUGGAACUCUGUGUGGACUAUAUGCUCAAGCAUGUGGCCAAAGCUGCGACACAGGGUUACCUGGUGUCCUGGUUUCAAUACACGAUAUCGUUUGGCACCAAUCACGUUCAACUGACGCAAGCACUGCAGAAUUUUCUGAAGUGGAAUUUGGAUAUUGUUUCGGAGUCCAACGAUUUCAAUGAGCUGUGUGGGAUGAUCCUGGUGAGGUUACUGCAGCAGAAUGAUCUGGUGGUGCAAAGCGAGUUUGUACUGUUUGAAUAUUUGGAAAAGUGGCUGCUGUAUAAAAAGGAUCAAUUGGAUAAGGAACUGGAGAUGACCGAAGAAGAGAAAUUGUAUGAACUAGUCAGUACGAUUGAGGCGGUAUUUGUGCACGUUCGUUUUGCCAUGAUGUCUUUGUCUGAGCUGGCAAAGAUUUUGCUCCGGCCGAUCAUGCAGUACCACAAAGAGUUCUUCGUAGAGCGAGUUGCCAUUGGAAUGAGCUACCAUUCCGGACAGGAAGAAGGUAUCCGGAAAAUUCGGGCUCAGGAAAACGGUGCAUUGCAGUUUACACCACGUCUGUAUACCACCGAUAUUUGGGGUUUCAGCAUGCGAAUCAGCGACUUCGAACAAAUCGAGAAUUAUACCAAUUUUGUUGGACUGUUCUUCUCCCAGAAAGAUCUGUCGGAGUGUCACGAAGAACAAAGCGUCGCAUGGGAAAUUGAAUUUUUCCCCCGAGGUGUUCGCUAUAACCGUGCCAAGCUGAUAGGAGUCUUCAAUACACCGGUCAACUCGGAAAUCCCUGAAUCGAUUAUACGAACGGUUCGAUUAAAAGUGCUGUGCCAAGAGCGUCUCGAAGAGGAACAACGUUUCACGAUUGGCGUUUUGAUCAGUGGCAUCCAGAACAAGAUCACCCACGUGCGGACUUGUCACGUCCGAACGGCGUACUUCUCCAACGAGUUUCGGGUGCUGCACAUCGAUAAUCUGAUACCAUACGAAGAGCUGCAACUGAGUGCCGUCAACCUGAGCUCGCAUUUGAUCGGUGAGAAGCGAGACACGAUCCAGUUGCAGGUGGUGAUUGCUCCGCUCGGGGAAUACGCUUGCAGUGAGACGCCACCGUUCGAGUUUAGAAAUUUAUAACAAUAAGUGGUGGGGAUUCAGGCGUUUAGCUGCAACACCGACAGUACCGACAUUAGUCUACAUACAUGUAGGCGUUUGGUUGUUCGGGGCAGUUUUAGUUCGUAAAUAAAACCUAGCGCUAUCCAGAGUCAUCCUAGUAUAUUCAGUUUAUUGUUUUCUGAUUGUAUCUAAAGAGAUGCGAUUGAGCACAGAAAUAGUUUUUCUCUCGCUGUUUUGACCUUUUGACUUUGUUACAAGCGAAUGUGUUUUUUUUUAAGUUUUUCUAUAGUAUAGAAACUUGUCAGUCGCGAGAAAGAGCACGCACUGUGACAAAUCGUGGAAGCUAAGUGCCACUUUGAAGUAACUAGAUAUACAAAUGCCAAGUUUCGCAGUUAUAUACGUCAAGUUUAUCGUUCAUGUGCUAAUAUUUCACAUCAAACAAGUAUUAGGAGUUUACCUACAAAACUCAUGGUUGUUUAUUUACUACAUUCGUAGAAGGAAGGCCCUUUUGAACAGCGAUACAAUUUCAGUGAAUAAAUGUGUUCAAUGUAAAAAAGCCUUACAAA